UUAUUUUUCAGCAAUGACCGGAGAUUAGAAGGUAUCUUAGAGAAUGCUGUUCGUCGUAGUUUGCAAGAAAUGGGAGAAAGAUGUGUGCAAGAGUUAAAAAAGGAGGUUCGUCCUGCAACGUGAUCAUGGAAAGCAGGAAAGUACUCGGCCAUAGUCGACUUGGAUAUGAGGAAUAGCGGGUCCAAAAUCCUUUUUCUUUGUCUUAUCUCCCAUCUAAACUUCGACUCUUAUAUUGAGAAUCUUGUUGGAAAGGGGUCAUAGGGUUAGAAGACUACCUAAGCGGAUACCAAGUCGGCUUCCAAACUGUAAAGGUUGCCCUCUAGAGGAACUUUUUUAUUACCUUAUCGUUUGAGUCGCCUAAUAUAAUUUCCAACACAUGCUUGCUGUCUUUUUUAAGUCUAUAUCUUGCAGUCUGCUGGUCUAUUUCCUCCUCCCCAGAGUUCUUCGUAUUUUCCCCUUGGGGUUUUAUCUGCAACUAGGAAACGUUUUUGCAAUGUCAUCAUCUACAGGAGGAUAAAAAAUUUGUCAGUUCACGACAAUGUGCGUCGAAAGUAAUUUCCUUUUGCUUGCGCGUAUGUACAACAGUUUUCGGUCGAUUUUUUUAACAAUCGGGUGGGCGUGGCAUCUUGAGGGAAACCAUUGCUGAAGAAAAAGAAUUUUUAAACAGUGACAGUGUUCUUGGUUUUUUGAGAUUUUAAAAGGCACUUAGUUUCUAAGAAGAGUUAACUAUAAUUUUACUAAAAGAACAUUUUAGUAAAGGUUAUGGUUCGUAAUUUUAGUCUCUUUUAUUCCUCACCCUUUCAAAUACUAUGGUUUGGCACACAUCUGCCAUCUACCAGGAAAUAUGCAUGCAAUACAUGCAUUCUACGCAUGUAUGUAACUUUCAUAAGAUUGAAACAACCAAACAUGAACGCAGAACUUCAUUCAGAUCGGAACGCUUUCACACUUAGUGCCCAACCAGCCUAACAAACUAUGCUGACAAAUCCGAAGUUCUCAAUCUUAAGCAAGAUAGACGGAAUGAGAUUUUUUUAAAUAAAUUAACGUCUCUGAGAGUGUAUCUUUCGAACGUCUAAAACGCGGCCUUCUUGGGAAAAUGAGACAUUAACGAAGGCACUUGUACUUCAAACAUCAAGGAGCGAUACCAUCCCGGAAGAAUAAUGUUGAUGUUUUUGUUUGCCGUGGUACUCGUGCUGUAUUUAUUUAUUGUCACUUUUAUGUACCCUGAGGUCACCGCUUGAAACCGCACAAAUCUUCCCAAUCUCUGAGCCACGUUGCUUAGUACGUGAACCUUAGGAAGGGAAUGCUCGGGCCACUAGCCUCAAUGCUAUUAACAAGACGGUCGAGGGUAAAUAUAGGUCAGUUGUUUACUUACUUCAGAGAGAAGAUCACAAUUUACAACUGUAACUCUCGGUCUUAAUUUUAUCGUCCAAGACGAAAAUUACCAGCAUUUAUAUAAGCAGUUGCAUGUUCAGGAAGCGGAGUCAUCUAGCUGUAUAAUCAGCCCUGCUUUCAUGCAAUACGCCAUGAAUUAAUGUUUCCCUCCCUAAUAGACAGCUCACAAGAAACAACAAAAAUUAACAAAAAUGUUUACUUCAAUUGUGAAUUGAUUUAACUCUAAUAACUUUUAAAAAUUACAAGCAAGCCCGAAAAAAUCGACAACGCCGAAAAUUAUUUCAGAAACCGGUUUCGCAGGCUUUGCGGGCAUCCACAUUUCAACCGUUUUGUUACUAUUAUUUUUAUCCUUAAUACCACACAACAUUCCAAAAACAUUUUCGGAAUUAUCGAUCUUUAUGGACAGGAUAUUUUAUAGCCAGCUGCGCCGACUGCAGCUACCCCACGUCAAUCCUCACAAGACUUAAACAUAAAUUUAGUACGCUAAAAGAUAAUAUUAAAAGAACGUAACACUCUACUGACACUCAGCUCUAUUUCCAAGACAUACAAUCAACUUUGGCUGCCACAGAUAGAGCGAUUUUCGUAUGACCUUGAACAAUGGUUUCGGUAAGUGUUUGUUAUUUGUUUUAUCAGAAAAAAUGGAUGAAAAGAUCAAAACAUGAACUCUUCGUUUUCCCGCCAAAGAAAAACCCUAAUAAUGAAGAAACUUAUUGUGCUUCAACCUCUAGACACGACCACAAAAGAUCCCACGAAGAUGUCAGGGAUGGACCUCGGCCAUGUGAGGUGCCAAAGAAAUCUCUGAAAUUCAUCAUACAGAGCCAUCAGGUAUCUGAUGGUAAUGCCACAGGUACACCACCACAAAGUGCAGGUAAAUACAGUUCCCGCGCAGUCACAGAUUUGCGCUUUGUUCCUCAAAGUAACGGCAGUAAAGCAGACUCGUUAAAUGAGUUUUUGAGCGUGAAAUCCUAAAAAGAAACCAAAAAGAAUCGCGCGAAAAUAUUGAGGAAAACCACGUCUCAUACUGUCACUCGCGUUGACAUGGAAUCUGUUACGCGGCCUUCGAGUGCGGUUGAUAAUGAUGCCAAUGAAGACAUUUAAGACAAUACGUGUGGUACCGUGAAUAGUGAGCCACUGACUCCUCUGAAUAGUCUUAGCAAAGGAAAUACUGAAGGUGAAAACAAUUCUGUUUCUCAAAGUGAUAGUCCCAAAGCUACCAAAGAAUAUGCGUCGCUUUUGUCGCCAAAUAACUCUUCACAUAACCCUCAUAACAAACGCCUUCUAAGUUCUGCCAAAAAUAUCCACCCUGAAGAACGUGAGAAAAAGGCAACAGGGCUGGGAAGUGACUUGGUAGCUCUUAAGAUGGAACGACUUCGGGAGAAGAAAGAAGAAAUUGAGCAGGUAAAAUGCUUUUGGAACUAUUUCCUACUAUAUAUCAGUUGUUUUAUGCGUAAACAUCGUUAGAUUUAUUCCUAGUUUUUCGAAGUUAAACUCUAAAAGGAUGGGAUGUGCUGAAUGCAGGUAAUGCUUUCUCUACUUCAAAAAGGAGCUGUGUCACCGACGAAAUUUAUGAAAAUUCAACACUGGGAACCGCCACCAAAUUGAGUGAAACAUAAAAAUAACCGUUCAAAAACUAUUAGAAGGUAUAAAUGACACAACAAAUACAAAAGGAAGCAGGGAUGGACAAACUUGAAGAAGAUUGAAACAGAUUGCAAUUGUGGUUUUUGAAAACUUGUCAGCCUAACAGUUUUUCACGUUCAUUUUGUUUGUAAUGUUUGAUAUGAUUCUUGAGAGACAUAUUUUGUUUGACACCAGCCUGUAAUUUUGUGAUUUACAGGUAAUUGCUCAAGUUUCAAAACGAAUAAGAAUGCGAAACUUGCAUCAAAAACAAAAUGAACUAGGCAGCCGUGAUAAAAACCCUUUAAAGGCAAAUAUCAUAACGCUGGGUUUGAAAAGCUAAGCGUUUGAAAUUAUUUUGUUUUUAAUUUUUUGUUUCCUUACUGUUUUUCUCUGCUUGGAGGAAGGUGGGGUACAGUGAAGAUUACCGCUCUUUGAGCUCCCCAUUUCUUAUUAGGUUAGCCGUUUUAACCCAUAUGGAGAUGGCGUUUCCUUCUUACACCGGAUUACAAACAGAGAAGCUUCGGACUCUAAUGAGGUCGAGCCCACUUUUAAUAAGAAAAUGAUGAUACCUAGUUAAUAAGAAAACGGGGUAUUUUGCGUUUUAUAAAAGUAGUUCAAGUCCACCGAAAAUGUAUUUGGAAAACUUAUUCUUGGUUUUAUAUUUAAUUAUAUUUUAAGGUGUACAAGCGAGAAUGCCAGACAGUUAUCAAUGUCGUCAAGAUGCUAGUGAGGUUAGUUGUGCCGCUUUCGCACGCGUCCUAAAUUAAAAUGAAAACCACAUUACUUUAGCUAUUCACAGUAAAGAAACCUAAACUAGACUCGAGUCAAGGUUUUCAACUCCCAGUGCAAGGCUUUAUAAAAUUUAUCAAGCAUACUGGAGGAUAAAAAAAUUAGAGCUUUGCCGCUGUUUGUUGUAAUUUUUCCGGGGAGCUUGCAAAGUCACAGUUGCUUUUUGCACGCCUGUACUUAAUUUUUAGAACAUUCUAGGGCGUAGGAAGAGAGCAAAUUAUUUUCCCGAUGGAACACUUGUUUUAAAGUUUAUUUCUGGAUAUUUAUUUAAUAUCAGUUUUUCUUGAUGCCUUGUUUUAGGGAUUAGAAAUUUAACUUGUAAUAUUUGGUAUUCUUUUUUUGCGACACUUUGGCUUUUGGGGAACCCUCAAACAGCACCUCAUUUCCCGCGUAAUUAUUAACAACUUUUUUUUCUGACAGCAAUGAUCUAAGACUGAAGGGUAUUUUACAGAAUGCUGUUCGGCGCAGUUUGCAAGAAAUGGGACAAAGAUGCGUACAGGAAUUAGAAAAAGAGAUUCGUCCGGCAACGUAA